GAGGGUUCCGUGGGGGUUUUCGGGGGCCUGGACCAGAUUGGGACGACCGGUUUGAUGGAGAUGGGUUUCCCCACCAACGAGGUCACCCAGGCCAACGGGGCAGAGGUACCUCAUGGGGAGGUCCACCCAGAGGAGGUGGGCCAAGAGGUCCACCCAGAGGAUAUGAUCAUUUCCACGACGGCCCACCGCCCGAUGAGUUCUAUGACAGCGCUGGAGGUCGGGACUACCCCCCGCCAAUGGUCCAUAACAGGCAACCCCCCAACAGCCGAGAUAAUAUGAGAGAGAAUGGUAGAGAUAAUGCCAGAGAUAAUAUUAGAGACAGUCGAGGCAGAGGUCCCCCCGAGGGCAGAAAUGGUCCAGAUUUUGAGGAGGAGGGCAAUCACGACAGGCGGGGUCGAGG